AUGUCCCAAGCCCCACCGUGCCGCACAGUGCCCGGUCUUCUCUUCUUCACUCCCACAGCACUCUCUGCCGCCGGCCGAUUCCCCCCGUCCUAUAUUCCAUCCUCUAUCCUUCUUAUUUCGGCCGUCAAUUUCAUCCAUGUAUGGCCAUCGAAUGACAAAGGGGAAUCUACCCCUCCGCUCUCGCACGUUUCUCUUCCACCACUCCGUCGCCACCGUCAGGGCAUCCCAAUAUCUCCUAUGGGACUCCGAUCCUAUAUACAUAACGUCAAUCACUCGCCACGGGGCCUGAACCAGGCGACCCUUCAAGCUCCACCAUUCUACGACCAGCUGAGUUCAUAUACCAUCAACAUACGGCAUAGGCUCUUCGCUCGGCCGCUGACGUACAUUCGGGCACUCCUACCAAUAAACGCCAAAGUCACCGAAUUAAUGGCAUCGCUGACUGACUCGCCCUAUGAGCAAUCACUGCUCGCCCAAUUAUGUAUUCGAUGUCACUACUACUCCCGGGGCCCGGACCUACUCGUCAUUGAUACUCCACUAUCGUGCAGCAUAAUCCCAACGAGCCAGGCUUCCCCUCCCACCCCCAGCUCAUACAUUACGAUCAAGUACUAA